AUGGCGCAGGAAGGAUUCUCUGAACGAGCCUGUGAUCGCUGCAGAGAACGUCGAGUCAAGUGCGACAAACGCAUACCUUCUUGCGCGAGAUGCGAGAAGCUCGGCAAAGACUGUCCUGGGUACGACAAGAAACGGAAGUUUGUCGAUGAGGGCGUUACGCUUCGGAAGAAGUAUCAAACGCAUGAUAGGAGGGAGAGCGGAGAGCAACCAUUCAGCAAUAAUGGUACAUCCUUCGCUGGCACUCCUUCCGCGGGGAGGAACUUCAUAUCGCCACCAAACGACUUUAUGAGCCCUGCUUUUCCGCAUCUCUCAACGAACCAUGCACAAAGCAGUCCUGCGUUUACCGACCAGACGCUAGACAGCUUCGCAGUCAACAACACUCCUCAGGGCAAUGGAGCGAAGACUUCUUCGGCGAACAUCGACCCCGUCCUCUUUCCUCCAAAUGCUGGCCAGACUGAGUACGACGCUUUCGACAAUCUCUUUGACGACCCGGCCAUAGAUCCUGCUUGGUUCAACAUUGAGCCAGACGUCUUCUUCGGCCCUCUCGGACAUUCUUGUGGAUUCAUACCGGGAGCCCCAAACAUUGUCGAUGAGGUAGACAAGAACGAUGUCGUUCAGAGCACAGAGACGAGUACGGCAACGCCAAUGUCGUUUGGUGGAUUAUCCGACAACAAUCUGUGGGCGCCAGAGGCUCAGAUACAUACCAGUGCGAUCAUCACAGAUGAACGAGAGCACGAAAUGGCGUACCUCAUACGGCAUUUUACCGAAGCAAUCGGUCCUUGGAUGGACUUGUUCGACCAAGACAAGCACUUCAGCAACUUGGUACCUCUCAAAGCUCUUCGAGAUGCUCUACUGCGCAACGCUAUUGCCGCUGUGGCUGCGAAGCAGCUUGGACGGGUCAAAGGAGAAAAGCCUUACGUCGGCAUACAGUGCCAAAAACCUGCCACGAUGGAGGUCAUCCAUGAUGUGCCAGUUACGGACUGGUUCUACAAAGCGGCGAAUUACUACGACAAAGCUAUUGCUUUCUCACGCUUGUAUCUACAAGCGAUUUCUGGCUCGUUCAGCAACCCACCUUCGCCCAAUGCGCAGUUGACCGUUUCUUCUGCGAACUCGGACGACUUGUUGGUUGCCGUCUCGAUGUUCUCGUUAUACGAAUCACUUGACAAUCUCGAAGUCAGCUGGUUACAGCACCUCGCUGGCUUCAAGACACUCCUCACCACCCUCAGCCUUGACCAACAAGACACUUCAUCCGUUCCUCUGACACCCGUCGUAACCGUCGGCCGCCGCGCCUCCUUCUGGAACUUCGCCCGCGCCGACUACCAAGCCGCGUACAUCAACCACCAACACACCUUCCUCAACACCACCGACCUCUCCCUCUGGCGCAACUCGGGCCUCCAACUCCAAUCUGACGGUUCCCUCUACACCAAUCCCGCCGCUAUCAAGAACGACCCCACCCACUGUCGCGAGAUUGCCGAAACCGUCUCACACACCCUCCUCUGGCUCCUUUUGCGGGUAAUGAACUACCUCGCCUCCGACACCGACGCCAUUGGCCCACAACAACGCCGUCAAGAAUGGGACAUUCUUACAUCCCAACUGGAUAGCUGGCAUACACACCUACCCGCAACCUUCCAACCUGUCGCGCAAAUGCGCCAUUCCUCCCGCCAGAAUUCCUCCCAACUCACCGAAGUCUUCUUCACCAUGCCCGUCUGCGCCGCCUCCCUACACCUCUACCACUUCGCCCGCAUCCUCCUCUUACUCCACAAACCCCUCACCACCUCCUCCUCCGACAACAGCCCCGUCCUCAACGCCCUCCUCGCCUCCUCCGCCGAAGCGCUCAAACACGCCCACCGCAUCAUCGGCAUAGCCCUCGGCCGCCCUCCGCCGGCUGUGAGAGUGGAGAUGCUGCUACCGCUGUUCAUCGCUGGGGUGUGCGUAGAGGACGAGGAGGAGAGGGGGGUAGUGUUGGAGUUGUUGCGGGCGAUUGAGGUGGACACGGGUUGUGAGACGGGAGGCAGGUGUGAGGAGUUGAAGAGGCGAUGGGAGUGGGGCGGUGAGGAUGAGGUAGCGAGGGAGGGGAUGGUCAUGUAG